AUGGGGGCUGCUCCAGCGGAUGAUGGCUUUGCCAUCCCGCCUGUCACCCAUGCCUCCCUGCUGUUGCGGAUCCGACACAGCUCGGAGCAGGAGCUGAGCAAGCAAGGCGAGGAGAUUGACGUAGUGACGGUGGAGAAGAGACAAUCGCUCAGCCUGAGGAAGCCGGUCACCAUCACGCUGCGCGCCGACCCCUUGGACCCCUGUAUGAAACGCUUCCACAUCUCCGUCCACCAGCAGCAGCACAACUAUGCCGCCCGCUCGCCCCCCCCUCCGGAGCCACCCCAGCAGGACGAGGACGAGCCACUGAGUGCUGCAGAGCCAGCCCCUGCUGUCACGCUGCCUGAGCCCGGCUUGCCGAAAGCUGGCAGCAGCCCCGGCUCCGACAGCGAGGAUGUGGCCAAGAGGAAAAACCACAAUUACCUGGAGCGCAAGCGGCGCAAUGACCUGCGCUCGCGCUUCCUGGCCCUGCGGGACCAGGUGCCCGGGCUCGCCAGCUGCCCCAAGACGCCCAAAGUGGUGAUUCUGAGCAAAUCCUCCGAGUACCUGCAGUCACUCAUCAGCGCGGAGAGGAGGAUGGCGGCUGAGAAGCGGCAGCUGCGGCUGCGGCAGACCCAGCUGCUCAAACGGAUUGCUCACCUCAAGGGGCACUAG